CCUUGAUCCUCGGUUUGAAUUCUAAGAAACCGACAUAUCGUUGCGCAUGAUUGAUUUUGUGAGUGACGAUCACAGGCAUGGUCAUUGACAAUGUACCCGGAUGGUUAUCUUGAUAAAGGUCUUUAGUGUAACUUUAAAAAAGGGACGUUGAAUUUGUGGUCAGUUUGGUGUGGAAACCUUGACCAGUGAUCAUGUGUCUUCGCUUAGUGAUACUCGUAAUGGCCAUGUCCAUUUUAGGACGGACAACCGGGCAAUUUCAAAGAAUGUUCCAGGAACCUACAAUAUUGGAUAAGCCAGCUGGUACAGGAAAAAUUCUUAUACAGUCGGAACUAAAAAUUGACACUGUGCACAUGCCCGAUGCUUGCAAAGUAAAGGCUAAAGAAGGCGAUACAGCAGUCUUCGACUUUGAUAUCUGGUUCAAUGACAACGAGACAAAAUUUGCGACGUCUGAGGACACAGAAGAAGCACCUGGGGAGAAAAUGGUGUUUAUUAUUGGAAAAGGGAUGGUGAUUCCAGGUGUAGAGGCUGGUAUUACCAACAUCUGCAUUGGAGAAAAGAGGAGACUAAAGAUCCCACCUCACCUAGCCUGGGGGGAAAAGGGUAUUCCAGAGGUUAUUCCAGAGAAUGCGUACGUGACUUUUGAUUUGGAGCUUUUGGAAAUUGUACCAAAAACGUGGUCACAGUGGUACAUUGACAUGGUACAGAUGAUCUGUACAAUAGGCUUUGUUGUAGGCACCUUUUAUUUGCUUAUUCAGCAAGUGCGUGCAAGCCGGAAGUCUCGCAGAGAUGCCGCUCGACGGGAACGGAAGCGAUUAAAGCUUCGUGCGCAAUGCGCGGAAGAAGAAGAAGAAGACGAGGAAUUUGAAGAUGAAGAGAGCGAUGAAGAGGACGAGGAAGAUGAAAAUGAAGAGGAGGAAGGGCAAGGGGAGGAAGAGGUCGAGGAGGAUGACAAUACUGACUUGGACAAACAGAACGCAGAAUGGACAAAGUUCCAAAGCCAUGCCAAAUCGGAAUAGAUAUUAUAUAUUGGUUAUUGGAAUACAUGUAUGUACACAUCUGUGUACAAUUUGAUGUAUUUCGACAGUCUCAUUUCAUCUGAUGUUAACACAUCUAAGUUCGGGUUUCUGAAGCGAUCCCUGAUUUUGAGACGUCCAUUUUCUGUCUCUUUCUCUCUCCAUUGUUUAAGAAAUCGCGGAGUUAAGAAAGGAUUGAGUUAACUUUAACAAUACUUAUCGAUGGAAAUACAAUAGCUAACUUUUCUGGACAUUCUUGAAGUUAUAUGGAUAUGGAAUAUGGCGAGUUUGAAGUCCGACGAUACUUGUCCUGUAUGUGAUAUUUCGGAGAUUGUGUAUUUAUUACUUGGUGGCCAUCUCUCACACAUGGUGGUGACCAUAUAAAUUGUUGUGUUGUGUAUCGUUCGUUAUUUAUUUGUAGUUAUUUGUCGUGUCAUAUGAAUUAAACAAAUUCACACUGAA